AUGGGAACUGUCAUGCACGCUUGCGAGGGUGAGAUGGUUUGCGAGUCGAUCAACCCCAAGAUUCCCUACUUCAACGCCCCCAUCUACCUCGAGAACAAAACCCCCAUCGGCAAGGUCGAUGAGGUCCUCGGCCCCAUCAACCAGGUCUACUUCACCAUCAAGCCCCAGGAGGGAAUUGUCGCGACCUCCUUCAAGGCCGGUGACAAGGUCUACAUCGGUGGAGACAAGCUCCUGCCUUUGGAGAAGUAUGUUGUCGCUGAUUCUUGUGGCGCGAAGCCCAAGAGAGCCGGCGGUGCUUCCCGCGGUGGCCCCAUGCGCGGUGGAGGUGGUUUCCGUGGCGGUGCCUCCAGAGGACGUGGUGGCCCUCGGGGAGGUGGUGGUUUCGGUGGUGGUCGCGGUGGUGGUUUCUCGAGGGGCGCCCGCUUGAGCAUGUCUCGCAGGAUAUCUACCAUGCCGUCGAAUACCUCAACGAAUAGCGGUGGCCCACCUGCGGGUGACGGUGGCCAAGAAAAGCAGAAGAUGCUUCUUUCCUCGGAAACCGGCCACUUCAGCAUGAUCAGGGCGAUGCAUCUCGCAGAUUUAGUCACUGAACUCAAUGUGAUGUCCGUCUUCUCGUCUCUGCGUUACUGUCUUGGCGAUCCCCACGAAUUCGGUGCCAUCUGGGCUGCCCUGGCUUUCAUGCCAUUCGGGCUAUUCUUCGACUUCAUGGACGGAAAGAUUGCUCGGUGGAGGAAAAAGUCGUCGCUUAUGGGUCAGGAGCUCGACUCCUUGGCGGAUUUGAUCUCCUUUGGCAUGGCACCCGCCGCGGCAGCUUUCGCCCUCGGAAUGCGCACAGGCCUCGACCAUCUGCUCCUCUCCUUCUUCGUUCUGUGCGGCUUGACGCGGUUGGCACGGUUUAACGUGACCGUUGCGGUCCUGCCCAAGGACAAGUCCGGCAAGUCUAAGUACUUCGAGGGCACCCCGAUCCCCACAACCCUGUCCAUCGCGUCUUACAUGGCCUACUGCGUUUCGCAAGGAUGGGUGCUGGACGACCUACCGUUGGGCGUUGCGGCCGAGGGUACGAUGUUUGAAUUCCACCCCUUGGUGCUCCUCUUUGUGCUCCACGGUUGUCUGAUGGUCAGCAAGACGCUGCACAUCCCUAAGCCAUAG